AUGAAUGUCCAUUCUUCCACCAUGAUCUCCCAUUGCUUUUGUGCCCUUCGGAUGCGAGGUUUUCUCAAAAGACGCACAAAUGUAGAAAUCUUUCUCGACAAACCCGAACUAAUCACUGCUGUCACUGUCUGUAUUACUACACACGUUUUUCUUUUAUCGGGUUUUUGUUGUUUCUUUUCGCCUGAAUUUUUACUUUUUAAUCGUUAUCUCUCUCUCUCUCACUCUCUCUCUCUCUUUCUCUCUCUCUCUCUCUCUGUCGCUUUUCUUUCUUUUAUCGGUGGAGUCCUUUUCCUACUGUCUGAUAACGCGCCAGUGGAAGUGGUGAGGAGUAGAAAAGAGCAGCGGUGUCGGCGGUGGGGAAAGUGCUUCGGUUUGGAGGCCGCUAACCAACCGAACGGACGAAUAAGCGACCAAGUUAGUGCCUACGCCAUCACCUACUACCCCUGCCUCUGGCAAGCAUCUCUCUUUUACUCUCAACCUCGCCUCGUCAACCUCCCUGACACAUACACACAACAGGAUGAAGAGAAAAGUGGAGGCCAUUUUUGUUCUUUCUUUUUUGUCCUUUCUUUCGUUCUUUCUUUUUUCUUUUUUUCUUUCUUUCGUUUUUCCUUCUUUCUUUCUUUCUUUCUUUUGUUCUUUCUUAUUCCUUUUUUUAUUUUUUUUAUUCCUUUUUUUUAUUUUUUUAUUCCUUUUUUUCGUUCUUCCUUUCGUUCCUCAUUUAAUUGUUUCAUUCUUUCUUUCGUUCUUUCUUUCUUUCGUUCUUUCUUUUAUAAGCUUUUAAGAAUUGAUUUAUCUAUAUCUAUCUAUCUAUCUAUCUAUCUAUCUAUAACAGAGGGUCUUUUAUCUAUCUAUCUAUCUCUAUCUAUCUAUCUAUCUAUAACAGAGGGUCUAUCUAUCUAUUUUAUCUAUCUAUCUAUCUAUCUAUCUAUAUCUAUAUCUAUCUAUCCAUCUAUCUAUAACAGAGUGUCUUUUUCUAUCCAUUCUAUCUAUCUAUCUAUCUAUCUAUCUAUCUAUCUAUCUAUCAUCUAUCUAUCUAUAACAGAGUGUCUUUUUAUCUAUCUAAUCUAUCUAUCUAUCUAUCUAUCUAUCUAUCAUCUAUCUAUCUAUCUAUCUAUCUAUCUAUUUAAUCUAAAGGGUCUUUUAUCUAUCUAUCUAUCUAUCUAUCUAUUAUCUAUCUAUAUCUAUAACAGAGGGUCUUUUAUCCAUCCAUAUCUAUCUAUAACAGAUCUAUCUUUUAUCCAUAUCUAUCUAUCUAUAUCAUUCAUCUUUCUAUCUAUCUAUCUAUCUAUAUCAUAUCUAUCUAUAACAGAGGGUCUUUUCUAUCUAUAUCUAUCUAUCAUCUAUCUAUCUGUCUAUCUAUCUAUCUAUCUAUCUAUAACAGAGUGUCUUUUAUCUAUCUAUCUAUCUAUGUCUAUCUAUCUAUAUUAUCUAUCUAUCUAUCUAUCUAUCUAUCUAUAUAUCUAUAAUAUAUCUGUAACAGACCCUUUUAUGAAUUUUUGGAAUUAUAAUGUUGAUAAUGAAUAUCUUCCACCCGGUAUCUAUCUAUCUAUCUAUCUAUCUAUCUAUCUAUCUAUCUAUCACUAUUUGGAAAAAGAAUCAUAA